ACCGUCAAUACUCGCUACAUUACUUCACGACGAUGCAGAAUAAGGAAAACUAUGAGCCCAAAAGUUAUCAAAGACUGUUUACACCCGCCAGCAUGGCUGCAGGCCCACAGCGUGUUCAGGUGAAGACAGACAAAAGUGCCGUCACAGGCCCUGGAAGAGAGUGUGUUGGCUCAUCCUCCAGCGCAGUUUCAAAUAAAGUCACUAUUGAUGACUUUGAUAUUGGUCGACCGCUUGGAAAAGGCAAGUUUGGUAACGUCUACCUUGCGAGGGUGAAGAAGCUGCAGGCCAUCGUGGCGCUGAAGGUGCUGUUCAAGUCACAGAUGGAGAAGGAGGGUGUGGAGCAUCAGCUCAGGAGAGAGAUUGAGAUUCAGGCCCAUCUCAAGCACCCCAACAUCUUGCGCUUCUACAAUUACUUCCAUGACCGAAAGAGAGUGUUCUUGGUGCUUGAGUACGCCCCACGUGGUGAAAUGUACAAGGAGCUACAGAGAUGUGGGAGAUUUGAUGACCAACGCACUGCAACAUACAUGGAGGAGAUAUCUGAUGCACUACUGUAUUGCCACGAGAGGAAAGUGAUUCAUCGUGACAUCAAGCCAGAGAAUCUGCUUCUCGGCUAUCGCGGAGAGCUGAAAAUUGCUGAUUUCGGUUGGUCUGUCCAUGCUCCGUCUCUGAGGCGUCGUACAAUGUGCGGGACACUGGAUUACCUUCCCCCAGAGAUGAUUGAGGGCCACACACACAGUGAGAAGGUGGACCUGUGGUGCAUCGGGGUCCUCUGCUACGAAUGUUUGAUCGGCAACCCACCUUUUGAAACUGCCAGCCAUUCAGACACAUACAAAAGAAUUAUGAAGGUGGAUUUGAAGUUCCCCAAGAACAUCUCAGAGGGCGCUCGGGACCUGAUCUCCAAGCUGCUUCGUCACAACCCCACCGAUCGUCUGUCACUACAGAGCGUCAUUGAUCACCCAUGGGUGAAAGCCAACUCCCGCCGAGUCUUACCUCCCAUCUGCCCCACCAAGAAAUCCUGAGUCCAGUUGCCCAUUUUGCGUAUCUCCUUCUAAAAGGUGUUUUAUCUGUCCUCCAAGAGACUCCAGGGCCAGCAUAUUCCGGUUUCACUGCCAUUAUUCUGGCACAUUUUAUGUUGGGUAUGAUGUGCCCACUUUUUAUAUUGUACAGUGUGAUGUCAUUAUCCGUGUCCAGAAUCUUACCUAUACGUCUUUGUGUGUUUUUUUUUAUUGUAAUUUCUUUUCUGAAACCUUUUCUUUUUAAAAAAAAAUGUACACAGCUCUUUUUGAUUUCUGUAUCUGCCGGUGUUGACACCAAAGUACUACUGUUAGAGUUACUCAGGCUACGUAUAUUCUGAAAUAGCUUAAGAUGAGGUUUUUGAGGGUU